AUGGCGAGCGCUAUUGAAGCCGAGGCCGAGGCGCCUCACAACAUGUUUGACACCAUCCUCGUUCUCGACUUUGGUUCCCAGACCAGCCAUCUCAUCCUCCGUCGCCUGAGAUCCCUCAAGGUCUACGCUGAGAUGCUGCCUUGCACAACCAAGCUGGCGGAUCUUCCUUUCAAGCCCAAGGGUAUCGUGUUGUCUGGCGGUCCCUCGUCCGUCUACGACCAGGACUCUCCUCACGUCGACCCCGCGAUCUUUGAUCUCGGUGUUCCCAUUUUGGGUAUCUGCUACGGUUGCCAGGAACUCGCCUGGAGAAUCAACUCCAAGAACGUUGCUCGCGGAGAGGCCCGAGAGUACGGUCAUGCCGAUGUCACCAUCCUCAACUCCGGCAAUUCUCACACUGACCGCCUCUUCACUGGCCUGGGAGAGACUAUGCAAGCAUAUAUGAGUCACUUUGACAAGUUGGUCGCCCUUCCCGAAGGAUUCACCGUCGUUGCGAGCACUGCGAACUCCGAGUAUGCCGGAAUCGCCCACCAGACCAAGCCAAUCUACGGCGUCCAAUUCCACCCUGAGCUUGAGCACACACCUCGCGGCAGUGAGAUCCUGAAGAACUUUGCCGUCGAUAUCAGCGGCGCCAGACCCAACUGGGUGAUGGAGGACUUCAUCCAGAAGGAGAUCAUCCGCAUCAGACACCUUGUCGGUGACAAGGCCCAGGUCAUCGGCGCUGUAUCUGGAGGUGUCGACUCCACUGUCGCAGCCAAGCUGAUGAAAGAAGCUAUUGGCGACCGCUUCCACGCCAUCCUUGUUGACAACGGCGUCAUGCGCCUCAACGAGUGCGAGCAGGUCAAGGAGACCCUCGAGAAGCACCUUGGAAUCAACCUCACCGUCGCUGAUGGAGCUGACCUGUUCCUUGGUCGCCUAAAGGGCGUCACCGAACCCGAGAAGAAGCGCAAGAUCAUCGGCGCAACCUUCAUUGACCUGUUCGAGAAGGAGGCACUUAGACUGGAGAAGGAGGCCGAGAACACUGAGAAUGCCGGACCCAUCACUUGGUUCCUCCAGGGCACACUCUACCCCGAUCUUAUCGAGUCCCUCUCCUUCAAGGGACCCAGUGCGACUAUCAAGUCUCACCACAACACCGGUGGACUUCCCGAGAAGAUGAAGCUCAAACUCAUCGAGCCCCUCAGAGAAUUGUUCAAGGAUGAGGUUAGAGAGUUCGGCAGGCAAUUGGGCAUCCAUCAGGAUCUGGUCAUGCGUCACCCGUUCCCCGGCCCCGGUAUUGCUAUCCGCAUUAUUGGAGAGGUAACACCCGAGAGAGUUGCCAUUGCCCGUGCUGCCGACAACAUCUUCAUUUCUAUGAUCAAGGAAGCCGGUAUCUACAAUGAGAUGUCCCAAGCAUAUGCUGCUGUGGAUUCCAACAAGGCUGUUGGAGUUCAAGGUGAUGCCAGAGUUUACGGCUACAUUAUCAUUCUCCGCGCCGUUAAGACUCUGGACUUCAUGUCCGCGGAGCCUUACGAGUUCGACUUCAACCUCCUUAAGAGAAUCUCGACCCGUAUUAUCAACGAAGUUGACGGCGUCGCCCGCUGCACAUACGACAUCACGUCGAAGCCCCCCGGAACGAUCGAAAUGGGUUCGUACCUUGAAUCACCUAUCUCACCUUCGCAGGUACUCGUCGGGACCCAUCACUAA